GAUGGAGAGAAAGAGAGAGAGAGAGAUUCCUACCCGAGCAUGAAAGAAACAGAGGUGGAUACUUGUCUAUAUAUAUGUAGAUACUAGAUACGCACAGCAAUGCGGUUCGAGAGAGAGAAAAAAAGGAGAUGGUCGACACCCCAAAUUCUCUAUUUGGUGGGAGAAAGGACGAUUAUAGAGAGGGAAUUGAAGAAAUAACUCAUGGGAAUGCCGUUGUAGAGAGAGACGGAGAGAGGGAGGAAACUGCUGAAAACUCUGAUUUUCUGAUCACAGAGAACAAUGAAGAAAGGACAACAACAGGUGAUGAGGUUGCAGAGGGAAGGAGUGAAAGGGAUUGCUCCAAAAGUCUGGUUAUGGAGAGGAGAGAGGCGGAUGGCCCUCCUGUGGAUGAUUGCUGUCCCAUCUGCUUUGGGAGCUUCACUAUUCCUUGCAAAACAAACUGUGGACAUUGGUUUUGUGCCAAUUGCAUUUUGCAAUUUUGGAACCAUAGGGCAGCACUGCAACGAUGCAAGUGUCCCAUUUGCUCUUGCCUCAUUAGUAAAUUGACGCCAGAGGCAUCAUCACUCUUUCAGCAGCAGGAACAGGAAGUUAUUGAGGUCCUAAAAAACAUUCAAAAGUACAAUCGCCUUUUUGUUGGUGGUGUUCAUGGCCUCAUUUUGAAAGUGGUUGGUUUGCCACUGUUCAUCAGGAGAAUGUUCCGAGGGCUGAUGGAUCCUGAUAGAUUUAGAUUCAAUUAUUGCACCAUGCGUGUUUUUGCUUUGGUGCUGAGUUGCCUCUACAAUAUCAGCCCCUUUGAUUUCAUUCCAACAGGUUUUUCGCAUCUCCAACACUAAUUUGCUGCAAAAUUGUUGUCAGAGUUACCUAGUUUGUGUACAUCUACAUUCCAAAUAAAAGACUAGGAUGCAACAUUAAGUGGGCUGCACUGUUGCAGAAUACCACCAUAGACAUGUAAGAAAAAAAAACUAGAACACUAAGGUCACAAUAAAUCGAAUGGUAAGUUUGAUAGCAAUUUCUAAAAAUGAUGGUCCAAUAUUCCAUGACCUUGAUUCUUAAAAAUGACUAAGCUCCUAACUGGACCUAUCUUCUGGUGGGUGCCUGUGCAAUUAUUGUGCUUCACUCCCAAAUUCAGUCCAUUUCGGUAGCCCCAUCUCAUCAGUCUUUUGUUUUCAUCUAAAGUAUGAACUAACAUCUGUUUCUCUACAGGACGGUUGGGGAUUGAAAGAUUGUUUGAUUUUUGUGCUGUCACACUGGUUUUCAUCUUAUUUUUGGUUGGCAUUGGACAUAGAUGGGUGCUUAGUCGCCGUGCGAGGCUGUUGGCUGUUGUACAAACAUGACAUUAACUCCACGAUUGUAUCAUAGAUUAAGAAUUUUUCUUCUGUACAGAAUCAAUGAUGUGCCUCUUGACCUCUGUCAUCUAAUGGACGGAAGGUAUUUUACAUCUCCUGCUCCUCCUGGACAGUUUGUAGAAUUUACUCAAAAUCAACCCUUACAAUGUUGUUAAGCACACCUGAUCAAAUCAGAAAUAGUUUCCACACAAAUUCCCUGACUCUCAUAUUAAUGGUAUUUCAUGUACGA